AUGUCAAUUACAAAAGUUUACGCUCGUACAGUUUACGAUUCUCGUGGAAAUCCAACUGUUGAGGUUGAUAUUUCCACUGAAAAAGGCUCCUUCAGGGCAAUUGUUCCAUCAGGAGCAUCUACAGGGUCAUUAGAGGCAUUGGAAUUGAGAGAUGCUGAUAAAUCCAAAUGGCAAGGAAAAGGGGUUACAAAAGCUGUAAAUAAUGUUAACAAUAUUAUUGGGCCUGCUUUGAUUAAAGCUGAUUUAGAUGUCACAGACCAGAAGGCGGUUGAUAAAUUAAUGAUCGACUUGGACGGUACUAAAAAUAAAGAAAAUUUAGGUGCUAAUGCUAUUUUGGGCGUUUCUCUAGCAGUUGCUAAAGCAGGAGCAGCAGCUAAAAACAUUCCAUUAUAUAGCCAUAUUUCUGACCUUGCGAAAACAAACAAAAAGCCAUUUGUUAUCCCCACUCCGUUCUUUAAUGUUCUAAACGGGGGAGUUCACUCCGGUGGAGCAUUGGCUUUUCAGGAGUUUAUGAUUACCCCACUUGGUGCGCCUUCUUUCUUUGAAGCUGUGAGAUAUGCUAGUGAGAUUUAUCACAUAUUGAAAUCAUUGGCUAAAGAAAAGUAUGGAUUGUCUGCUGGUAAUGUAGGUGAUGAAGGUGGUGUAGCUCCCAACGUGAAUACUCCAAGAGAAGCGUUGGAUUUAAUUGUUACUGCAAUAAAUAAGGCUGGGUAUAAAGACAAAGUCUUUAUUGCUUUAGAUCCCGCGUCUUCCGAAUUUUUUAAAGACGGCAAAUAUGACUUAGAUUUUAAGAAUCCUAAAUCAGACCCAUCUAAGUACUUGAGUGGUAAGCAACUAUGUGAAUUAUACUUAGAGCUUAUAAAUGAAUAUCCUAUUGUUUCUUUAGAGGAUCCAUUCUCUGAACUUGAUUGGGAUUCAUGGUCAGAGUACUUUCCCGAGCUAUCUAAAAAAGUGCAAAUUAUUGCUGAUGAUAUAACUGUAACUAAUCCUGAGAUUAUUAAAAAAGGAAUCGAAAAGAAGAUUGCAAACAGCUUAUUAUUAAAGGUUAAUCAAAUUGGAAGUCUUAGUGAAUCGAUUGAAGCUGCAAAUGAGGCCUACGGAGCUGGCUGGAGUGUUCAAGUUUCUCAUAGGUCUGGAGAGACCGAAGACACCACGAUUGCUGAUAUUACUGUCGGACUAAGAACUGCCCAGUUAAAAAGUGGUGCUUGUGCGAGGUCUGAGAGAUUGGCAAAGUAUAACCAACUUAUUAGGAUUGAAGACGAAUUAGGCACUAAAGCUAUAUUUGCAGGAAAAAAUUUCCAGAAGUCAUCAUCAUUAUAA